AUGCUGCUUGGCCAGAUAGUAGCCAUCAGCUUUGCCACAAACCUCUUCUUACUCACCUUGCUUCUAAGCCCACCUACACCUGCUCCGUCGUCGUCAUCCGGAGUACGUCGGCCAACAUGGCUAGGUCCUUGGCUACUGAACCUCUUUGCCAUAUUUGCAACAGCGUAUCCGGCGAUGCAACUGGCCGAUGAACAUUACUGGCACCAUCCCACGCACUUUAUGCCGGUGCUUAUGGCUCCGCACGUCGCCCUGAUGAUCUUGCCCAUUAUCCGCGCCAUUGUGCCAGCUGGGUACUUCAACGACGAUCCUCAAUCUACCGAUAAGAUCUACAAUUUUAUGUGGGCAUUGGUUCUGGGAAACGCCGGACUAAUGCUUGCAUGGACAACUGCAAGAGCAUAUGCCUACGCCGGCUUCGUGGGAAUCCAGAGUGCUCUGCUGGAACACCCAGCGGUAAGCAGUGUAGGGUUCGACGUAAUCUUCUGCUGGAUCACUUGGACCUGCUGGUAUUUGACACAACCAAAAUCUGGUGAUCAACGCGUAGGGCGAAUGAACGGGGUGAAGAGCGCGCGUGCUGACGAUGGACCGGACACUGCUCUAGGUGCCAGUGGGUAUGACGGAGGAGUAAGACGUCGCUAG